UCCAGGGGUUUGGAAAAUACAGAGGGGUGGGGGAAAGUUUAUACGUCAUAUUAUUUUCCAUGUACUUCUAUGAAAGUGAGUUCCCGUGUCCGUGAUUGUGAUUCAAACGAUUAAGAAUAUUGAUCGGUUUUUUUUCGUUCUCUGUACUGUUGCGAAAUGCUGUGUCAUAACAUGGCAGAUUGAUCUAUUGUCCAUCAUCUUUCCUCUAUUCCUAGUUGGUAUUUUGUUCCUGUUACGGCCUCAGUGCUUGCAUUACAGCCAAGGUCACUUUGACAACUACCUUGUCAUUAAACAAAAAUUCUAUGACUGAAAAUUCUCGUUAUAUAACUUGAGUAAUCGAUUUCGCAGAUUUUUUCGCUCUUGCAAAUCACACAAAGAGCAAUGAGCAUAGCCUGCGAACUGUUUUAGGAUUUUGGGAAAUGAUUCUGAUUCGUUGAUCGUGGGAAAGGUAUGUGGCUCGGUUUUCAGCAGCCGCAUGUGGGAAAGGCGUGAGUCACACUAAGUAGAGCGGCUGCUAAGCUGACUUUCUGAGUAAGCAUAAUUUAAAAUAUGAAAAGCAUAACUUGCAUAACUUGCAAAAUGAAAAGGAACAUAUUAAAUAUCAAUAGUCGUAAUACUAUCAAUUUUAUCUCCGCGUCGGUAAUUACCUUGAAUAUAUAUUGCAAAGAUUGUUUUCUCGUAAUCGCAAAUUAUAACUUGAGAUUACGCGCGAGUUGAUUGCUCAUUGCACAAUCACUCCCAAAGUGUUUUAGAAUAUUGUACUGAUAUUGGGUUACUGCAUAUAAUUUAGUUUAUAGUUUAAUAAAAAAAAAAAAGGAAGUCGCAAACCAAUUUCUCAAACGCUGUCAUAAAUUCACCGAGGCGUAAGAAGGAAUUUAGUGCGAGAUCGUGCUGCAAAUGAAGUAGUAGAACUAACGUUUAGACGAUGCAGCCAAUGCGAGAGCCAAAAAGAAGCCAAGAAGAAGAGCAAGAAAGGCCAAAAUGGAACCAAAGUUACACCGUCGGUAAGCCGGCGAGGAAGUUGAAGCCCCGUCAAAAUGAAAAAGAAUCCUAUGCUUUUUUGUGCAUGAUUAAAUGCACAGUGGCCGGUAUUCUAACAUGCGCCGUUUUAUGUUGUCUGGUUGCAAGCAAAGUUAGUGUCUUAGUUCUAGGCCAGAUUUAUCGUGAUGCAGUAGAAAGAGGGAAAUCCGACACAGUUCUGUCCAAAAAGAGUGCUGAAGACUCUGCAAAUGCCACAACGUUGCCUUUGGGGAGCAACAACGCUGUGAAAGAAGCUGUUUUUGUUAUGUUGGUGUUGAUUUUGAUUAUACCACAAGCAGUUUCAUUGAUCGUCGCAGCAUGGGUUAGUUUGUUUCAGAAGAGUCAUCCAUGGCCAAGCAAGGCGGCCAUAGCAUGGAUCCUGUUUGGCGGUCUGCUAGAAGUGGCAUGCCUGUCCUAUCUAUGUCUGUGUACUCUGACCGUAUACGAUGUACCUUUGGGCCUGUUUGUCCUUCUUAUGAGUGCACUGUUCAUUAUUCCAACGCUUUGGCAAGCGAUCAAGAUCCGGAGGUUUUCAAAUACCAAGUACGGAAGGAUACGACUUGCUCUUUUCGUGUUUGCCGCCGUGCUGCUGAUAGGUGGGCUGGUAGUUCUUGCAUACCAGACGAUCACUCACACCCAUGCCAGGAUUGGGGUCCCUGUGGCUUUCUUCGUGCUUUCCUACGCAUGGUCACCGCAGAUUCGCGAGCUUCAGACUCAACCAAAGCGCUUACCCAGAGCUCGCGACGAGCUCAGUGACGUCACAACAAGCCACCAAGAGCAGGACCUCACCUCGCCCUCGCUUAAACUGACGAAGAAAAUGGCUCGAGAUAAAGCAGCCAUCCUCAUAUCGCUAUGGAAGAUCAUCUUAACGCCAUUUGUAUGUGCGCUCUUAUGCCACCUCUACUCAAUAGCUGAGCUGUCAAGCCUAAGGCAAGGGUUUCUCCACAUAGCUUCCUUCAGACCAGCCUUGGAUUUCUUCCUUCUUCAAAUCUUUUCCACAUUCCUCGGGUACCAUUUAGCUUGGUUAGCAUGUUCUAUGUGCAUGCAAAAGGCUGCCUUCGCCCUUCCCUUGACGUUCUGCACUCCCAUUGUAGUUGUCUUGGUAACCGUAAAGGGCGCAUGCGGCACUAGCUGGAUACCGCUAUCAUGCAGUUACUCCGAGGAGCACUUCGUUUGGAUAAUCGCUCUGGGGCUGUCCAUGUGGGUAGGGCAGUUCCUUUCUACUGGAUACUACGUGUGGAAGAAUCAGGGGUUCGUCAUGGCUAAGGCGUCUUUCCUUUUCUGGAUACCUUCUUACAACGGCCUGAUGCUAGAGCAGAACCUUUUGCUGAACAGACGCAACGAGGUCACGGACGAGAGUCACGUCACGCAAAAAGUGCUCAAGCGUGACACGCACGUGUUUAUCUGCACCACGAUGUACCACGAAGCAGACUACGAGAUGGAGCAGCUACUCAACUCGUUGCACGACGUUGACAGAUAUCGGCGGAAAGCUCGUCGACACAUCGAAUCGCAUGUCUUCUUCGACGGAUGCAUCAAGUCCGAUGAGCUAAACAGUUACAUCUUGCAGCUGGUUUCACUAGUUGAGAGCACUCUUAGAAUACCGCUAAAUAAGUGUACGAAGAUGAAGACGCCGUAUGGGAUGCAGCUUAGAUGGAAGUUACCUGGCGGGAUGCCCUUCACAAUUCACCUCAAGGACAACAACAAGGUGAAGAACAAGAAACGUUGGAGUCAAGUAAUGUACAUGUCUUACGUUGUGGACUUCAAAAGGAAAAUACAUAAUAUUCGUGAUGAUCAAACGUUCAUUUUAACGACUGACGCAGAUGUCAAUUUCAAGCACGAGUCAAUGGAAGCUUUGAUCGACUAUAUGCUGCAAGAUGAAAAGGUUGGCGCCGUCUGUGGCCGCACCCACCCAAUGGGCAAGGGACCGCUCGUAUGGUACCAGAUCUUUGACUACGCCAUCGGGCACUGGUUUCAGAAGGUGGCCAAUCACAUGCUAGGAUCCGUGCUCUGUUGUCCCGGGUGUUUUAGUCUGUAUCGCUGUAAGGCAGUGAAGGAUAUCCUUCCAGAAUAUUCCACCAACGUCAACGAGGCUUCUGAGUUUCUAACAAAAGACAUGGGAGAAGACCGCUGGAUGUGCACUCUGAUGGUGCAGGCGGGUUGGCGUCUGCUCUACUGUGCCGCUGCAGAAGAUGUCACGUACUGUCCCACGACCUUUGAUGAGUUUUAUAAUCAGCGGCGCAGGUGGAUGCCAUCCACGCUUGCGAACCUCAUUCUACUAAUCAGCGAGUGGAGGCUGGUGGUCACAAACAACGACUACAUCUCCGUGCCGUUUAUCAUUUUCCAGUUGAUAUUGCUGCUGGCUACAGUUAUUGGACCUUCUACUGUCAUCCUUGUCAUUACCGGAGGAAUGAACUACGUGGGCAUUGCCACAAAUGAGGUUACCACGGUAACCAUUAUGUCACUCAUCACCCUGGCUUUCGGGUUGAUCUGCCUGUUCACGUCACAGUCGUUUCAGCUGUUGAUUGCCAAGCUGCUGACGUUUGCUUUCUCUAUCGUAAUGCUCAUGGUGGCUGUUGGGGUAGCAGUGCAAAUUUCCAAAGAUUUGGAAAAGAGGGAGGCUGCGCGAAAUUCUCUAAACUCGACUUCAACCUCAGAGCUGGUGGUACUACCAGCAAGCGUGAGCACGUUGUACUUGGGAGGUCUGACAGGGAUAUUUGUUUUGGCCGCCUUGCUCCACCCAAAGGAGGCUUACUGCCUUCUGAAUGGUAUUUUUUAUCUGCUUUGUCUGCCGUCCGGGUAUCUGCUCCUCACGGUGUAUUCCAUUGUUAACAUUACUGACAGAUCUUGGGGAACGCGGGAAGCUAAGACGGCCAAACCGUCCGAUGGCCAUGGCGAAUGGUACACCCCGUUCACUACGCUGUUCAAGAGGCUCUGCCCGUGUCUGCGAUCUUGCGAAUGGCCCUGCGCCAAAGAUGAAGAAAAGAGAGCAACACCGAAUAUAACCACCGAACCCUAUGCAAGAAGAUUUAGCCGGUGUACCGACAUCUUCGACGACGAUAGCACGAGUAGUGGUAUAACCGCGGAUAUUGAUAGGACAUUUUUCAAUGGACGGAGGUACAGUGGCCCGACGGGAUUGCAGAGGUCAGGGUCAUCAUCCCAGGAGCUUCGUGUACCAGCUGAUGGUUGGCAGCCUUACCCUCUUGGCUCCUAUAUAAACGCGGGCAUGAGUCGCUCUCACAGUGACAUAGAUCUAGCUCGACAGUACUACUCCCAAGGGAACCCAGGCUAUGCGGGUUCAGACAUGGUACAAGAAUACCCCCAGUACCAAGGCGGUAGACCAUUAUCUCCGCUUGUUCUUCAGCAAGAAGGGAAUCACCGAACCUUUGGAGCCUUUCUAACGCCAGACGAUGACGCCGUAAGCUCCGUGAAUCAAUAUAAUAGGCCGCAACCGUGUCAUCAUCGUCGUUCUCGGAGUCUUGAUGGAUCGCAGAUUCUGCAUGGAGAGUCUUACGGUCUGAUGGCGUACAAAAGACCAACUGACAAUCCGAACCAUUUGGCUCCACGAUGCGCUUGUCAUCCGCUCCAAAAACCUGAUGACGAUUACCUUGGAAGGGCCCGCACCAAUCGUUCCAGGAGUUUAGAUGAUAUAGACUCGCCUCAAGUCAUAAAUCUCCGAGAUAUUCAUUGUAACCUUGGAACUUGGGACGCUAGGUUCGGUUUCCAACAGCAAAGUAACCAUGCCUCUACUCCUCAUAUGCCUGGACAGCAACUGUAUACCGAGGAAAGGCGUCCAUUUUACCCAAAUCACAAUCAUCUUUGUCGUCCUGAACUGCAUCCAAGUGCAACUUGGGAUGUUUAUCCUUGUGCAGGUACACCUCGUAAUAACCGAAGAGUCUCAUAUCCCCAACAGAAUGGUGGAAAUAAUGGUCGCCGCACUAGCGGACCUCAACCAAAAGUUGACAAAGUCCAGGUCACCUCACAUGAUCCUAACGAUCCUUUGCCGGACAACGAAACAAGACCGAUGUCUAAGAUGGCCCUGGAAUAUUUACAGAAGAGGCGCUCUUGGGAGCUCUCUGACCAAGGUGUCUCGCCGACUCCUGUCGAUUAUAAUCCUGGGUCACCUGUGGAAAGACUGGAAGAUGUAGCUUUGCAGUCAGAAGACUUGGAAGAUGGUCAAAACGAACAAAGUGAAGUUGAUGGGACAAGAAAUAAAGCGCACCCCAAGGUCUAUUUCUCUGGAUCAGUAAAAACAAGAACAAGCUCAUCAGGAAAGUUGACUGACGAGACAAAGUUCGAUGGAAAAGUCACGGUGGAGGAGUGGCUACAAGGAGAAUUAGAGGUGUACAUCGAGCACUUUAAGGAACACGGAUACGACAACUUGGAGAUGGUGGCCCUCAUGACCGAAAAGGAUCUGGAUUUGAUAGGCAUUGAGAUACGUGGCCACAAACAGAAACUUGCCCGACGCAUUAAAACACUUCCGAGAAUAGAAAGGGAAGAAGGCAUUCCGGAGAGUGUAGAGGAAUGGCUGAAGGACUUGGGUCUCGGUGAGUACUGGCCGUACUUUGUUGGGAAUUGCUACACUGAGCCAAGCGACCUUGAAGAUCUAAAAGACAUGGGACACGAUCAAGUGACGGAGACGUUCAACAUACACAAGCAAGGUCAUGUUGCCAUGAUGAUUCAAGCCAUCAGGAAGCUUCAAUACCCCAAUAAAGGACAGCUCAAGAUCCGCCAAGCACGCCGUGAGCUGGCACGCCUCCCUCUGCUGCGCAUGGAUCUCGACAACGGUGACCACGGACGGGAGUUUGAUUUCUGGGAAGGGCUGCGCCGAAUCUCUCUCGAACCGGAAGCCGCUGCGUUCAGCACGAGCUCCGAGCUCAAAGAGAAACUCACAAGUCUGCGCAACUCCGUUUUAGUAAUCUUCUUCGUUGCUAACGUGCUGUGGAUGCUGCUGAUCAUGGUAUUAGCACGCCACCAGAGUCUCAAGGUCUUAGGCGUGGAUGUUAUUGGCUUGGGUUUCCUUAUCGUGUAUGGGGUUAUCAUAAUAGUGCAAUUCUUGACGAUGGUGUGCCAUAGACUUGCUACUAUGAUACACGUGCUUGCGCGCGCUCCCUGGACAUGCGGGAAGGACUCGCCUAUUGAGAAAGUCAGGACGACUAUUCGAAAGCGAACGCUUCGCAAGACACCUAGACGUGUUGGUGCUCGGAACAACCGUGUUGUCGAGACACGGUAGUGAGGUCCUGUAUUUUGGUUUCAAAAGACAUAAUUAGAGUGAACGCUAUCAAAUUUCGAACAGUUGUAUUUGUAUUAUUUCCCUUGAUAAUGGUGCCAUGUCUACCGUAGUUACUCAAACAGAUUAAGCACUCAAGAGAUUGAUUUUUAAAAAGUUACAGUCGCAUCCGUUUACUUACUGCGGGCUGACGGAAACCUCAACCGACAACAAUUUAACAAGGAUUCCGCCGUUAUUUAUCGGUCACUUCCUCGAAGAAACUUUAAAGAGACGCACUGUUUUUUUGUUUUGUUUUUACAAUUUUUCGCGUUUUCAACUCAUCCGAUAUUAUUACGUAAUUGACUGGAAAAGCCGAUUAGCGCUAACCAAGGGUUAAAUUUGCCCUAACCCAGGAUAAAAUUUUUACCCCCGGAUUAGUUCUGUUCCCGAAACGCUGGCUAGCGCUAACUCUGGGUAAGUUUGGAGGUAAAAUCUAACCCUACUCGCGAGGUGGAUUUACUCGCUAACAUACGGUUUAGUUGCCGUAACACAGGCCUCCCAAACUUGGUAAAGUUGCCGACAAAAAAGACGUUACACAAAAACAAUGUAGGGAUCAAAUGUCCUAACAUUUCGCUUUGUUACCGCGGUGAUCCUAGAUACUAAUCCCUCAGAUACUAAUCAGAUACAAAACAGAUACUAAAAAACGGCCAGGGGUGUACUUCAUAAAAAAUAUAAUAUAAUGCCUAUUUAACAAGUUAAAUCAGCUAGAAACGAUGGAAAGGCAUCAUAAUUACGGCUCCUAAACUAUUAACUUUCUGUAAUUUGUGUGGAUCCUAGACUGUCUGAUUAGAAUAUUUUUUUCUGGUUUCAGGUUUAGGCGCUUGCAAAUUUCUAAUCAAUACACAAAGAAAUAGCUAUAAUUUACAUUUCUGAAACGUUUCUAUACCGAUUUAGCGCUAAGUUAUUGCUACGUUUUUGAACAACAAACGUUUGCUUUUGUACUUUUUGGCGCUGACAAAAUGAAUGUUGUCGACGGUGAAGACCACCAACGUGGAAGUCACGCUUGGAUCAUGCGCUUGGACGUCAAGCUAGCUACAUCUACAGUAACUGCGCUACGAGUUAAAUAUAAAUUGGACUCGAAUUGACCGGGAUAAAAUCAAUUCAUCCGAAAGACGGGGAUUUUUUUUUCUUUUGAGAUCUGCAUAAUUUUUUCGACCAGUUUCUGAUCUGUUCAAACAAACAAACAAAAAGAAAGAAAAAUAUUCCUACCCAGCUGCUAUUUAUACGAACAAAUCCAAAUUCGCUCCCCCGUAUUUUUUAUCCAGUUGUAUUAAACUAUGUGUAUGUGUAGGAUCGGCUUUUGAAUUUUUCACGCUAGUGAUGACUAGAAAUUUAGCCUAAAUCCGCUCGCGCAAAAAUCGCUGUAAAAAUAUUUUGGCGUAUUUUCAGCUCUACUCCCCCCCCCCCCCCCCCCCCCCCCAUUUGCUAUUAGUUGCUGUUUAGUAUCUGUUUAGUUUAGGAUCACCGCGGUUUGUUAUGCGACCUUCGUUGCGAUGCCGACUCGAAAAUUGUGCUGGGACAGACAGAAAGUUACAUGAAAUUUAUAUUGAAAUGAAUCUGUCUCGCUAGUGUCACGCACCAAAUCGAAUCCUGCAAAUGACAUUUUUUUGAAAUGAAAUGGAGGUAAUUACAGGCCAUGGAGAGGUGUUUGGGGCUCCUUUUCGAAAAUAAAAUAAACAACGUUAAAUACGAGGGUUUUUUCUAUUGAUCUACUUGGGUAUCCUGUGUGAUUACUUGGCUUGAGGAACGGCGAGUUAUCCGUAGGUUAGCUAUCCUACGAUUAGCGAAUCUUAAACCGGGAUUAGGCGCUCAUCUAGGAAUAAGUUAAUCGGCCUUUCAGGAAAGGCCCCGGAGUACAAUGGUGCGGUUGCCGCUUAAAGCGCCAACCUCGAAAUUGGAAUUGGGACUAUUGCGGCAGUAGAAUGUCGAACUGUGAUAGGCCUCUGAUAUAUUGCACAAAAUAUUUAAAACAAUAAUACUAGGGGUAAAUACUAGAUCUAUGGCAUAUUCCAUAAAUAAAAUAAAUACAUAAAA